AUGAAAUCUGCUACUUGGUUUGUGGUUUCUUGUGUUCUUAUGUUCUUCGUGUUGCAUAAUACACAAGUGGAGGGAAGAGGUAAGGCCCCUGAAAUUGUUGUCCACUUAACGAAGGGGAUAUGUCAUGAAGAUCCAGUCAUAGCUUCUAAGCAAUGCUUUUACGAAGUUCUCAACGAGGAAGGAAACGACUACUAUGGUAGGAACUGCAGUUGUAGGGAUGCACCCCAUGAGGGAGGAGACUAUGGACACUAUUGUACAUGUUUUCAUUAA